UGUUUUUAUGUCAUUUACUUUUUUAUUUGACCAAUUUUCUGAAACUUUUAAUCAGCAAAAAAAUUAAAAUCGCCCAUAUUUGACUAAAUAAGGCAAUUGGAAAGGUUAGGUCGUGUAAUCUAGGGUCAUCUGAAGGACAUGAAACAAUACGUGAGUCUUUAAGCAUAUGUAUGAUAAAAGCUUACGUCACAAUGUGUAAAGAGAAACGGAGGCAAUCCCCGUUCAAUGAGGGUCUUAGGAUGUCAUUUUCAUUUUCGAAGACGAAAGCUACUAAGGGAAAAUCCAGGCCAAGGACGCACGGAUUAGAUGAGUUACUGAAAAUUAAGUCAUGGCCGGUAAGAAAGUAGCAGUAAUAGGAGCUGGCUCCAGCGGCCUUGUAGCUAUUAAAUGCUGCCUGGACGAAGGCCUGUCUCCCGUGUGCUUUGAGCGAUCCGCGGACAUUGGAGGUCUCUGGAACUUCAGACCGGAGGGUAAAGAAGAUGGCCAGGCGACCGUAAUGAAGUCCACUAUUAUCAAUACGAGCAAGGAGAUGAUGUGUUGGAGCGAUUUCCCCAUCCCAAAAGAGUACCCUAAUUACAUGCAUAACACAUACGUUAUGAAAUACUUCCGCCUCUUCGUUGACAAAUUUGACUUGACCAAAUAUAUCAAGUUCCAACACGAGAUAGUCCUGAUCAAACAAGCGCCAUGCUCUGAAGAAACGGGCCAAUGGGAGGUGAAGGUCAAAGAUAUAGGUCAAGAUCAGGAACACACCUACGUGUUUGAUGCGGUUCUGGUCUGCACAGGGCACCAUGCCAGAAAGUAUGAACCCACUUUUCCAGGACAGGAAGAGUUUCAGGGAAAAAUCAUUCAUUCACACGAUUACAGAGACCACAAGGGUUAUGAGGACAAGAGAGUUGUGGUGGUUGGAGUCGGUAACUCGGGGAAUGACGUGGCCUCAGAACUGGGAAGAAUAAGUCAGAGAGUAUUUUUGGCUACACGACGCGGAACAUGGAUUUUUAACAGAGUUGGCGAAAACGGUCUUCCCGGUGAUGUGAUCGCCUCCCGACGACUAACACGCAUGAUCUUCAGUUUACUUCCAUUCAACAUGUUGUGUUCCAUGAUAGAAAGUAAAGUGAAUGCAAGGUUUGACCACGAAAAAUAUGGCCUCAAACCAAAACAUCGAAUAAUGAGCGCUCACCCUUCCGUCAACGAUGACCUUCCAAACAGAAUACUUAGCGGAGGCGUUGUCGUUAAGCCUAACAUUAGACGUUUCACUAAGACUGGGGUCGAGUUUGAGGAUGGGACAAUGGAGGACAAUAUAGACGCUGUCAUUCUUGCCACAGGUUAUAUUUUUGGAUUUCCUUUCAUCGACGAGAAAGUAAUAAAGGUUGAGAAGAACGUGGCUGACCUUUACAAGUACAUGUGGCCUUUGACCACUGACCACCCGACCUUGGCUGUGAUUGGCUACAUUCAGCCACUUGGCGCCAUCUUUCCCAUUGCAGAACUGCAGUGCAGGUGGGCUACCAGAGUGUUCAAGGGUUUGUGUAUGUUGCCAAGUAAAGAAGACAUGAAAACAGAUAUCCUACGGAAACGCCAUGCCAUGGCUAAGCGGUACGUACCCAGUCAGCGCCACACAAUCCAAGUUGACUAUGUGCCGUAUAUGGACGAACUUGCUGACCAAGUGGGAUGCAAACCAGAUAUUUUAAAGCUGUUUCUUACCGACCCCCGUCUUGCCUUGGAGGUCUUGACUGGUCCCUGCACGCCUUGCCAGUACCGUCUGUGUGGACCUGGACAGUGGGCCGGAGCGCGCGAGGCAGUUUUGACCACUAUGGACCGGGUUUAUUAUCCACUCAACACCCGCAAGUGCGACGAAAGCAGACGUGACACUGGGAUGAUGAAAUUAUUGGUUGCCAUGGUACUUAUCAUUGCUGUCAUCUUCAAGUUAUUUUUCUGAACAUUGCAGAAGUGACUGCGAAACAAGGUAUUCGGACAAAGAGCAGAUAAAGAAAAAUGCGUACUUACUAUCCACAUUUACAAGCUUUAAAUAAAACAAAAAGUGCGUUUACAGCUAGGACUGGUCAUAGACACAUUUGUACUUUAAUUUGUAGAAUAUUCUCUAUGAGAACUUAUUUAGUAGAUAAAACUGUCUGAAAUUCAAGAUUUGAAAAAGAAAGCACGGUUGUUCAAAUUGCUGAUUUUGAUGGUUGAUCUUAAGUUUGAGUUUCUUCAUAAGUGAAUUUCUGAUUCAGGUACAAAGACUUACGAUUUCCAUGCUCUGUACAACGGCAGAGCUUUUUGGUAAACAUCACUAGCUUGUCUCAGUAUUAAACUGUGGAUACGAUUAUUAACUACGGCCAUUUGGGUUAUGACUGAUACUCACGUAAG